AAAUGCACUGACCCCUCCUCCCACUACUCCCGAGUGGGUCAAAUUCUGCAAACAGAUGUUUGGUGGCUUCUCCCUCCUGCUGUGGACCGGUUCCAUUCUCUGCUUCCUGGCCUACGGCAUACAUGUACACCAUAGCGGGAAAGCCCAAAAAGAUAAUCUGUACCUGGGUUUUGUGCUGGCUGCCGUGGUCAUCAUUACUGGCUGCUUCUCAUAUUAUCAGGAGUCCAAGAGCUCCAAGAUCAUGGAGUCUUUUAAGACCAUGGUGCCUCAGCAAGCCUUGGUAAUUCGAGAUGGAGAGAAGAUGCAAAUCGAUGUGAAAGAGGUGGUUUUGGGAGACCUUGUGGAAGUGAAGGGUGGAGACCAGAUUCCUGCCGACAUCAGGGUUAUCGCUGCCCAGGGAUGUAAGGUGGACAAUUCCUCCUUGACUGGGGAGUCAGAACCCCAGUCUCGCUGCCCUGAUUGCACCCACGAGAACCCUCUGGAGACAAGGAAUAUCCUCUUCUUCUCCACCAACUGUGUAGAAGGAACAGCCCGGGGUAUCGUGAUUGCUACAGGAGACUUCACAGUGAUGGGCCGAAUUGCUUCACUGACGUCAGGAUUGUCAAUGGGCCAGACCCCCAUUGCCACCGAAAUUGCACACUUCAUUCACAUCAUCACUGAUGUCGCAGUCUUCCUCGGUGUCAGCUUUUUUUUCCUCUCACUUAUCUUGGGCUAUACCUGGCUAGAUGCUGUCAUUUUCCUUAUUGGCAUCAUUGUGGCCAAUGUGCCCGAAGGGCUGCUGGCCACUGUCACUGUGUGCCUGACGCUGACAGCCAAGCGCAUGGCCCGGAAGAACUGCCUGGUGAAGAACCUGGAGGCGGUGGAGACGCUGGGCUCCACGUCCACCAUCUGCUCGGACAAGACCGGCACGCUCACCCAGAACCGCAUGACGGUGGCCCAUUUGUGGUUUGACAAGACUGUGUAUGAGGCUGACACCAGCGAGGAGCAGACUACGGGGAAAACAUUUCCGAAGUCAUCAGACACCUGGUUUUACCUGGCUCGCAUUGCUGGCCUCUGUAACCGGGCGGACUUUAAGCCUCAUCAGGAAUCAGUUCCCAUAACAAAGCGGACAACCACGGGGGAUGCUUCCGAGUCAGCCCUCCUCAAAUUCAUUGAGCAGUCUUACAGCCCUGUGAACGAAAUGAGGCAGAAAAAUCCCAAGGUGGCAGAGAUUCCCUUCAAUUCUACCAACAAGUACCAGAUGUCCAUCCACCUUCUGGAAGAUAACUCCCAAACCCAUGUGCUGCUAAUGAAGGGUGCUCCCGAGAGGAUCCUGGAUUUCUGCUCCAGUUUUAUGCUGAAUGGUCAGGAGUACCCUAUGAAUGAGGAAAUGAGGAGAGACUUCCAAAAUGCAUACUUAGAACUUGGAGGUCUGGGAGAGCGUGUGCUGGGGUUCUGCUUCCUGAACCUACCCAGCAGCUUCUCUAAGGGAUUCGAAUUUAAUACAGAAGAAUUAAAUUUCCCCAUGGAGAAUCUGUGUUUCACAGGCCUCAUCUCCAUGAUUGACCCCCCUCGAACUGCUGUGCCAGAUGCUGUGGCCAAGUGUCGAAGUGCAGGAAUUAAGGUAAUCAUGGUUACAGGGGAUCACCCCAUCACGGCCAGAGCGAUUGCACAAAGUGUGGGCAUCAUUUCAGAAGGCAGCGAUAUAGUAGAGGGCGUCACUUCUCAUCAUAUGCCUAUCGACCAAGUCAAUAGCAAGUCUGUGAAAUCCAUUGUAGUGCAUGGCUCAGAACUAAAGAACAUGGACUCAGAAGAGCUGGACUAUAUCCUCAAAACCUACAAGGAGAUAGUAUUUGCUCGGACCUCUCCUCAGCAAAAGCUCAUCAUUGUGGAGGGGUGUCAGAGACUGGGAGCCAUUGUGGCAGUUACUGGUGAUGGGGUGAAUGACUCCCCGGCACUGAAGAAAGCUGACAUCGGCAUUGCCAUGGGUAUCACUGGCUCUGAUGUCUCUAAGCAGGCAGCUGACAUGAUCCUUCUGGAUGACAACUUUGCCUCCAUUGUGACAGGCGUGGAAGAGGGUCGCCUCAUCUUUGACAACCUGAAGAAGUCCAUAGCGUAUACCUUGACCAGCAACAUUCCUGAGAUCACCCCGUUCCUGCUCUUCAUCGUCUUAAGCAUACCCUUACCCCUGGGUACCAUAACCAUUCUCUGCAUUGACCUGGGCACUGACAUGAUCCCUGCUAUCUCCUUGGCUUAUGAGACACCUGAAAGUGACAUCAUGAGGAGGCUUCCACGGAACCCAAAAACCGACAAUCUUGUGAACCACCGUCUGAUUGGCAUGGCCUAUGGGCAGAUCGGGAUGAUCCAGGCUGUGGCUGGGUUUUUCACCUAUUUUGUGAUCCUGGCGGAGAACGGUUUUAAGCCUUUGGAUCUGCUGGGUAUUCGUCUGUUCUGGGAAGAUGGAAGCCUAAAUGACCUAGAAGAUAGCUAUGGACAGGAGUGGACCUAUGAGCAGCGCAAAGUGGUGGAGUUCACAUGCCAAACGGCCUUCUUCAUCAGCAUCGUGAUUGUGCAGUGGGCCGACCUCAUCAUCUGCAAGACACGUCGGAAUUCACUCUUCAAGCAGGGCAUGAAAAAUAAAAUCCUAUUAUUUGGAAUCUGUGAGGAGACGCUUCUGGCAGCUUUCCUGUCCUACGCCCCAGGUUCUAUCCCUGCAUUGACUCUCACUCUCUACAGGAUAAACUGGUGGCUGUGUGCCGUCCCCUACAGUGUUCUCAUCUUCAUCUACGACGAGCUUAGAAAACUCAUCAUCCGUAGACGGCCUGGUGGUAAGGCUACCCUGGACCUUGCUCUUAAGUGGUCACCAACCCCCUAAUGAGUUUUCCCAACCCAUCUGUUUCCUCUGGACCCACUGGCUUUC